CUCACUUGGAUCCAGAACCCACUAGAGCAACAACUGAUUGGAGAAACAAGACAGAAAUUUCUAGAGCUACUUCUCAAACAGGACUGAACUCUGCAGAAGGAAAAGGAAUAUUCAGUCAUUAAAAGGCCAUCAAGGACUCCUAUCAACACCAGAAGACUGUUGAAAGCUGUGACUGAAGCCAUAUGGACUUACUUUUGUUUUCCUUUUGGAAGCUUUUUACUAGGUUGUGUGCUGCAGGAGCACUAUAGGAAUAUAGGAAAAGGUGUUGUUAUCACUGACAGGACAUUUCAGAAGCAGAAACUGUGAAGUCAUUGCUGCAGCUGCAGUAGUUUCAAUACUGAGAUACUAAGAGAAGUGCUACAGUAGUAAUGUCAGGCAGAGUGGUUCCUGUCUUUCUCUUAUCUUUGUGUCUGAAUGUGGGUUCAAUCCAAAGUCAGGGUUCCUCCCAGGAUGCAUUUGUAAUCCAGUACCUUGAGAGGAGACUGGUUCAGAUAGAGGAGCGUCUGAAUCAAUGUGAGCAAAACACAGUGAGUGUCACUCAGAAGACCUAUGACCUCUCCUCUGAAAUCAGGGGUUAUCUGUCCAUUCUCGGUGUACUGAGAUCAGAGAUGAAGAGCCACAUGGACAGUGUGUCUAUGCGUCUAGAUCGGAUGGAAAGAGAGCUGGAGUAUCUAGAAAACAAGAUCCCCACCCAGUCUGAUAUCGAGAUGGAAGAGGCUCUGCUGGAACAACAGAUAAAGGCUGCAGAACUGGACCAAUUAAACAAAAAAGCCCAGAUCCAAGUAGAGAAUGACUGCAGCACAGCCCUGAGUCAAGUCAAGUCUCUCAAGAUUGUGAAGAAGGCAGGAGACAUCUACGGUUCCUGGUUUAAAGACCCCUCUGAACAAUCUGCUAAGGUCUAUCUACUCAGUGGAAUUCAUAAUGACACUCUACUGGAGUAUGCGUCUCUGCAAAGCUUCGCAGAGAGGACCACCACCUCACCUGUUAAGGCAAUACAGCUGCCGUUCCACUGGCAGGGGACAGGUCACAUUGUCUAUAAUGGAUUUCUCUACUACCACAAGGCAGAUACACCCAACCAGAUAGUGAAGGUAGACCUGUUGAAUGGUACAGCGGUGGACAGCACACUACUUCCCGGAGCAGGUCGUCUCCCAGUCUACAGUCUAAACCCCAACACUUACCUAGACCUGGCUGUGGAUGAGCUCGGCCUCUGGGCCAUUCAUGCUGACCCAGAGUUUGGGGGAAACCUGGUCAUCACCAAACUGGAUAAGGGAACCCUGGCAGUAGAAUAUACCUGGGAUACACAAUGUAGAAGCCGUGAUGCUGAAGGAGCAUUCCUAAUGUGUGGGACUCUCUAUGUGGUCUACAACACACACUACGGAGGACGCUCUACCAUACAGUGUCUCUAUGACAUCCACGACACCAUCCACAGCAACGAAAGUCCUGUGAUGUUCUUCCCAAAGCGUUACACCAGCCACAGCAGCAUCCACUACCACCCUGGAGACAAACAGCUGUAUGCCUGGGAUGACGGCUAUCAGACCAUAUACAAAGUAGAGACACGCAGGAAUGACCAAGUUAUUUCAGAAUGAAGAUGUUCCACUGGGUUCAUCCAUCCAAAUGUGUUAUCACUUCAUAAAGUAUGUAAUAAUCACCACUUAUAAAAGCAUCAGUUUAUGGAAACAAUUAAUGAGUAGCUUAUAAUUUACUGUUGUUUGUUAUAUAGUGAUCCUUUGCUGGCAAUGGAUGCUACAUUUUUUAUCACUGUUAAUCAUUAUAGACAAAUGUCAUGUCCAACCAAAGG